AUGGCACCCUUGCCCCCCGAAAUCCUCCUUCUUUCGUUGUCGACCCUUCUCGCACAUCCUCCAACCCAUAAGCACCACACGCGCUCGCUUUUCGUGGCGCAACUCGCUCUUCGGAAAUGUCUUUCGCUACCUGGACUGGACUCGAACACGGAGUGUCGUGCGUGGACGGAGCUGGCGGAGGUUGGGCUUCGGACUGGGUUAAACGAGCCGGGGGUGGAGAGUGAGGUGGAGAGGGCCAUCACGAAAGCACUCGUAAUUGCCAAAAAACACCCGUCUCUGCGCGUCUACAAGACCCAACUUACGCACCUCUCAUCCAAACUCGCCCUCCACAAAAACAACCCACGAUUUGCGCAAAAUGCGCUCAAGAAACACCUCACGAACUCCGUCCUUCCCUCCGACCCACCACACGUCCAAUACUCCGCCCACCUUGCGUACAUCACCAGCCUCUCAACCAUCCCCGAUACCGACCAUCAUUCCGCAUCCAGCGGCCACCUGUGGGUGCUUACGGCCAUCCGAGAGUUCCAUCAACUCGCGGCGGAUAAUGGACAUCUGCAAGUCGCGCUGCUGGCUACGGUGCUCGAGCUGCGGGAGCUCGUUCAAGCUGGACUCUGGAGCAAGGUCGGGUUGUCGCUGACGAGCAUCGAAGAGCAGCUUAGCAUCUCUUCGGACCUCGAGCCAGCAGCCCCGUCUGCCCCAGUUCCGUCGGCGUUCAAAUUGGCGGAGAAACCGAAGCUGUUAGGAGGGACAGACCUUGAGAAGGUCCUCAUCGUGCAGGCUCUCAUGAUCGGCGUCAUCUACCACACCUACACCGGCGACAACGCGAACGCCCAGUCUCGGAUGAAGAAGCUGCACGACCUGCUCGACAACGGGGCUCUGGAUGCAUUUGGGAAGUUCGGAGUCGUCGAGCUGGAUUUGGGAGGAGGGACGCCGCUGCUGAUACAGGUUACCCACCCGAAGGUCAUCUUUGGGCUUGGGUUCCUAGUUAGCGCGGUGGCGAAGCGAGACCCGGUAGGGAGGAAGCCGAAGAGGAGGGUGUUUGCGGGUGAAGGCGUAGCGUUGGUGGAUAGGGAGGUGAAGAAGGAAGUACCUCUUCCUCUGUGGGCUUCCAGCGCCGACGUGCACGAAAUUCAGCUGAGGAUGCAGAAAAUGAAGGCAGAUAUGCUCUGCGAGCUGAUAGGGGUCGCGAUAACUCGAAGCGAAUUUGAUGACGCAGAACGGAGUCUUGCUCAAAUCAUCGCCCAUACACGAACGUACGGCCUCUUCUCCGCGUACAGCGCCCGUAUCACCCUCCAUCAAGCCCAUCUCGCACACGCACUCGCGCAAACAGAUCGUGCGUGGAAGUGCUAUCAAGUCGCAGCCUUCCUUUCCCGCAAAAGAACUCCGUCGACCUCAACUGCUCUGACCGCCAACACAACUCAUCCUUCUCGCUCGACCCCUAAUGCCAACGCCAACAACGAGGACGAGGACGACGGCUGUGAAGAUGACUGGGUCAACGUCUCGGCACGUGCAGGCGACAUGUGGCUCCGUAUUGGAGUCCUAAGUGCGAUCGAGGACGAGGAGGAGAGGGAGGAGGCAUUAGAGGUGCUCCGAAUACCGGGUAUGGAAAUAGCGAAAGAGUGUGAGGGCCUUGGAGGGACGCUGAAGACUGUAGGCGCGGUUCUAACGGCAUGUUUAGCGAAGGAGUUUUUGGUGACCAAGACCCAUCUGCGAGCGGCACUCCAGCUAACGAGCGCCGCGGGCGACAAUCACAUGCGCGCGCUCAUCCUCUCCCUCAUCGCCGAGCAGUACCUCCAUACGUCGACGGAGCAUGCAGAGACGAUCCUCAAUACCGCGGAGCAGAUUGCGGCAGGCCUUGGGGCGCAGCCUAAGCCGACGAAUGACGCUCCUGGUGCGAAGGGAAAGGCGAAGGAGUCUCCGGGUACAGCAGAGUCCAAGGCAACGCAGGCAAAUGGGGUGGGAAACGCGUACCUGAGGCUGUGGAUCGGCCAGAGGUCUUUAGAGUUGAAACGGCGGGCUGGCGACGAGAAAGGCGUGGCGAAGCAAAUUGUCAUGAACGAGAAGCUCUCUCAGGAGGUGAAGGCGCUGGAGAAGAGGAAGUUGGGGCAGAUACCGUCGCCAAAAAUAACGACCACGUGCCUUGUGACAGACGCGAGACAAUGGCAAUCAAACCGAGGACCUUCUCUCUUCCCAACGCCAACAUUUAUUCCACCCUUCUCCCAAGCACAAUAUCUUUAUGUUCUAAAGAGAAUCCAAGGUUAUUUUACUGUGAUAUUUUCCCAGAACCCUAUAAUGCUAGCCUGUCGAUCAUGCGGGGUUGAGGAUUGCCUGGAUCUGCGCGAUGUCCCUGUAGGUCAGUGUAAAUUACGCAAAGGCUCGAAAUGCGGCUCGUGUUUCGCCAUCGAGUUACUCGAUGCUGAGAUCGAAGCCGCGAAAGAAACACUCGCCUGCCUUUUCAAGAAGCACUUCACUUUGAAGGCCGAACGAAACCACGAACACGACUCUUUCUCUCGUCUGCCUCCGGAGAUCAUUUCUCGGGUAUUCGUUUCAUGUCGUCCUGAGGAGCCGUAUAUCUCUCGAUCCACACCGCAACUGUGGACCUACGUCAAUAUCAACAUUGAUGACCCCGCCUCCCUCGAGUCAAACGGUUUCCAGAAUGGCUAG